AUGGACAGGCAACGAUAUCUUGUCAUCAUUGUUCGCCCACCGUCAGAGCUCGUAUCUAUGACUCCCGGCAGGCGGUCAUCUCUCUUGGUCCCUUUCAGCCCCGAGGCAGUCGUUGCUUCUUUCGUCGAGGAACUUUGGAAGCGUCUCGCCCGACAUGAUGGGGCCAUUCCUCUGACUGCUGAGACUCAUGACGUCUCCCUCCACCUCGAGCAUGAAGCUGGCCCUAUCAUUGACAUCGAAGACCUCCUGUCCGAUGUUAUCAUUGAUACUCAAAAAGAAAAGAUUUACGCAGUUUUCUCGAAGAAGAGAAGCACUGCAAGUGGAGCUCAGGGCAUUCAGAUGACCCCAAACCUCGCAAAAACGAGUGAUCUUCAAGAACAUCUUGCUUUCCGUAUCAUUACCCCAUCUACAACUAAGCAUCGAGACGCCUGUGCCAGCUUGAAAGUACCGGUGUCCACCACUAUCCGACAAUUGCAUUCAUACAUCACGGACGCCCUCGGGCAUACACCGGGAACUCCAGAGACAGUAGAAGCUUGCGAGUGCAACUGUACCUUGGCGAAGGAAACUUCCUCAGGUCCUUCAGACCUAAAACACUUUUUGGUCGUUCACGGCAAGAGUAUCGUCGAGAAAUUGCCACUUGAGAUCGCCACAGUGGGCUGCUUGCAGCAAGCACUUUAUGCCAGGUUCGGUCAGGAUCUGGAAACGAGAAAGAGGAUCGUUUACGAAGGCGCAAUGCAGGAACCAGAGGACAGCAGGAUCUACAAGAAGACUCCUGUGGUUUCAAUCUGCUCCAAACAACGACACGUGCCAUUUCACGCUCGCGUCGAUCUUGAUGACAGCAGAACGAGACCACAAGCACUCGACCUCCACACGUCCGAACUGCCCAUCCAUCCUGCAUGCUUCGGUUCUACUAUCGAGGCGCUAGGCCUCAGUGAUCUCGCGAUGAAUGGGUUUGUGGAUAUUUAUGCCGUUUUUCGUACUCCAUCUGCCGAGUUGCCGAUCCUCAGAGGGAAAUCUGCCAUAUUUCGGGACUUGGCUCACUGGGAACCCUCGAUUGCUCAAUCUGAUCGAGGUAUGGCAAUGUUUCUGUCCUGCUUACGCGUGUUCGCCUCAAAAUUGCAGGGUAUGAAGAAUGACGAGAGCGCCCGAGACGCUGCGUACUACGUUUUUGAUGAACUCUUUCGAUUCCCUCCAGCACUUCGUUGUCUGCACUUACUCGUGGGCGGUCAGACACCUACGGUCAUUGACUGCGCUUCUCUCAAUGAUGGUCUGACUGAGGAGGAGAAAACGGCGAAAAAGCUGCGUUACACAUCCGCCUUCCAUACUUAUGAUAUUCGCGAUCACAAAACCCAAGAACCGGUACUUCAUGCACUCCAGACAUCAAAUGGCUUGAUGGAAGAGGAACUAUUCCAUUCUCUCCAGGACGGUGGCAUAUUGGCCGAAACUCACCUACAAGCAUUUCUUGUCCAGACUGAAACUGACCCGAGAUUGAGUCGCUUUGCUUUGCAAAGCGGUGGCACAUGUUCCGAGGUCCUUGUCUUGUCUGCAGGUGGACUUGAGGACUGCUAUGGCUCAGAAGGCAGCGCUCUUAAACUUGAUGAACUUUGCGAUCUGUUACACCUGGCGGACAUAUGUGGGCGAAAUGGUCUCGCAGUGCACAGGCCCACUCAAUUGGCAUCUGCAGUUGCACCAUGUCUAGCCUUUGAUCGCAAUGCCCACUUGGCCGUAUACACUGGAGAGCAACCAUGUGGUGCCCCAGGUCAUUCUUCCAUCAUUUUUCGACCACAACAUGGAGAAGAGACUAUCGAUCCGUCGGUGAUAGAACAGCUCAUCGCACCUAUCAUCGAGAGGUUCGAGCAAGACGGGUCCGCAGUUUUCGAUGCAUUCGGGGGUGCGGAGGUGAGAAGAAUGCAAGAUCCGAAUGAAAUCAUCAUGUUCUGUAUCGACUCCAGUGCUAGCAUGCUUGAGGCCACAGACUUUAGCGAGGUCAACGAAGAGAGCCCCAGGCUUCAUGAACAAGCGCACAGCCUGAUCGAGUACGGAAGUCAAAAUGCGCUGUCUUUGGAGGAGAUCAAGAACAGUCUUGUCGCUCACGAGAGUUUUGGAGACAUGGUCGCCAUCGUCACCAAGACUGUAGAGAACCGCAAGAACUCGGUGACGACCAAAGUUUUGGCUCUGCUCACCUCUAUGUUAUCCUCCGAGAUUAGUACAAAGUCGACAGAGCUUGAAAACGAGCGACAAUCCAUGUUUGGACCUGUCUGGCGCACGCGGAUAUCUGGAUUGGAAUCUGACCUGCGAACGCUCAAGGCUUUUUGUCAUGGUCUCAAGACCCACGAGGAGUCUCUGGUUCAGUUUUUGAGGUAUCGGGCGAGCUGUGUAAACCAGGAGGCAGCUCAGAAAUGGACAUGGUCUCCUGGUGACCCAGUUCCUGCGGUUCCCGGAUCAGCAAUGGUCCCGAGACUGGCCUACGAUAUCACGGAAGUCCCGAGCCACCUCAGAUGCCCAAUUUCCCACAGCCUGAUGGAAGAUGCAGUGGAGGCCUCUGAUGGUCAGACAUACUCUCGAAGUGCCAUACAACAAUGGUUUGCCAUACGUAAAACAUCUCCGUUGCAUGGCGCACCACUUGAUGACCUCUCUCUGACGGUGAAACCAGAGAUUCGAGGCGAAGUGGCAUCUUGGAUUGCUGGUGGUGCUACAAGAAGCACUUCCCACAUCAUCACUGUGAUCUUUGACAGUCGAGUUGGCUCAUUCGCUAGAACCAUCGCCGGAGCCACAAGCUUGAGAGACCUUUACAAACUUGCGUAUCGCGGGCUCAAAGCAAGAUUUGAAGCAUUCCAGCUUUCAUACGGUGGAAUCAGGCUGUCAGAAAGCACGGUCCUCAAUGUAUCGACCGUGGGGCUGAGAGACUCCGAUCAUAUCACGCUUCGAAUACCAGAGGACGCAGACAUCUUGAGAGAGGGACCACAAAUAAGUUCUAGACGAGUACAAAAUGCGUUGCCAGAAAUGUGUCUUGUGAAGGUCUUCUCACAUACCAAGAAGGAACUCUUCGGAUUCUGGGUUCCUAGAGAUACCACAGACACUUUUGCAUCAAUCAUUUGGAAAUACUGGCGAUACCUUGCAGGCAAUCAUACUGAACCCCACAUCAUGCGACUAUUGACAAAGGUAAAAGAUAUUGGUGAUGGUUGGUUCAAUGCAUCUAGAAGGAAGGCAACCGAGAAACUAGCAGCCGAUUUCACGACUGCUCAAUGCACUGGCCAGCUAGAGGCCGAGAGUGUCUUCAGCGGGGUCAGAACGAGUUCCGUUGGGUCGCAGUCCAACCACAAAAUCCUCAAGGUAUUUGUGCAAGAACCAGUCAAGGCUGGCUGGGACGAUAGGCUCACGCGCCUCGACGUUCUGAAGCAAAUGUUUGAGGCUCUAAUCAACCGCAUGUUGGCAUACAACUACAAGAACCAUGUGGGACUUGUCAAAUUCUCGAGUCAAUCCCAAGUCGUCAUGCCAAUCUCCCACGUAUUGGAAAACUUCAGAAGAGCCACCAACGAGCUGAAGGGUGGCGGCGACACGGCCCUGUGGGAUGCCUUGGCUCUUGCUGGAGAUCAGAUACAGCAAUACGCGUCCCGAUUCCCUGAGGCUAAGAAGCGUAUUGUCGUCAUUUCGGACGGAAUGGAUACCAGCUCAACAACAAAUACAAGUCACAGCAUCACUUCGGACCUCUUUCGAAAGGGUAUCUCAGUUGACAGUGUGUCACUUGGUGCUGAGGUCAACAUGGACCUACGCACACUGUCGUAUUUGCUUGGUUCAUAUAGAUUCCAUCCAACUUCGUUGACGAACGCGCUUGCAAUGUGCGAGAUGGAGCCUUUCCUAUCGCUCUCUCAGAGACCACCAAUCGCAUAUCCUCUUGAGAAUGUGGCCUAUCUAGAUACGAACCACUUCAACAUACGAUUUAGAAAUUCGAGGCGACAAGCAACAGCUACCUUGGUCACGGGUGACACAGUGCCUCCGAUCAAAGAGCAUCCAAAUAUGGGAGAUGACUUCGUGCAAUUGACUGCUCUUGUCUCCGGUCGCAAUGUCAUAGGUCCAGGGGUCACUGCACCAGCAAGCAACGGCUCGGGUCGCUCAAGACUGCGUGUACCACGUCUGAUGAACGAGAUCAAGACAAUCGCAGCUCGUGGGCGUCAUGCCAAAUAUGACAUCUACAUCAGCACAGCUGAUGUGUCCUUCUGGAAGAUCGUCGUGGAAGGACCAGAUGACAGCCCGUAUUCUGAGGGAGUGUUUCUGCUGUAUCUCCACGCAGACGAUGGAUACCCAACAUUUGCGCCCAAGGCGCGAUUCGUGACGAAAAUCAUACACCCCAACGUGAACGUUCACGGCAGGAUCUGCCACAGCAUCUUUGACCGCGAUUGGACCAGCGACACGAGCAUGGGAGCGAUUCUAGAUACCAUUUACGGCCUCCUGUAUCAGCCAGAGUCAAGCGAUCCCGUCAACACGACGACGACGCUGGGUUUCUUCCACGACCCGGUUGAAUUUUCCGAGGCGGCUCGGGAACAUGCUCGGAAGCAUGCUUCGAAGACGCGUGAGGAGUGGAAGGCUGAGCUUUUGGGCGAGUGA